ACUUUUUUCUACCCAGGACGCAGGACAGGAGUUGAAUGGUUUGCAAGAGGAGCCUUUAGGACUAUAGAGGGAUCUGAGUGAGGCAUACUUCUGACAGUAGCCCAACAAUGAGCGAGAACCCCACCACCAACCUUACCACUGGAGAUGCUCCCACUGGUCCCACCACGCCACGCAAGGGGCCUCCCAAGUUCAAGCAGAGACAGACAAGACAGUUCAAGAGCAAGCCUCCUAAAAAAGGAGUAAAAGGGUUUGGAGAUGACAUCCCAGGCAUGGAAGGGCUGGGCACAGAUAUCACAGUGAUUUGCCCAUGGGAAGCUUUCAGCCAUCUGGAACUGCACGAGCUGGCCCAGUUUGGGAUCAUCUAAGGCUCCAGCAUCUCUACUGGUGUCACCUGGUGACUCCACAGAUGUCAGCUUGGUCUUCAUCACCUUUGACACUGAUUUCUGGCCCUUACAUCCACUUGCUCAUGAGCAGGGCGGUUUUGUAAGAGCUAGUUAUGAGAAAGUCCUUUGCAAAUUAAUUUGGC